UCUUAACUCUACAUAAACUCCUCAAACCCCACCAAUGAUGGCGCUCACCUCCGCGUCCCUCCUCCUCCUCCUCCUCCUCCUCCCUCCGGCGAUGCCACAAUCGUGCAAAUCCCAAACAUUCUCCGACGCCAACACCAAGUUCGCCAACUGCGCCGACCUCCCCACCCUCAACGCCGCCCUCCACUGGACCUACGACGACUCCACGAGGCCCAGCCCGAAGCUGAGCGUCGCCUUCGUCGCCCCUCCGGCCCGGCCCGGCGGCUGGGUCGCCUGGGCCCUCAACCCCACGGGCUCCGGCAUGGUCGGAGCCCAGGCGCUCGUCGCCUUCUCCGCCGCCGUGAAGACGUACAACAUCUCCUCGUACGGCCCGAUCGCCGAGUCGGAGAUCGCGUACGCCGUCACGGGGAGGCGGGCGGAGCACUCCGGCGGCGUGAUCAGGCUGUUCGCCACGCUGGACCUGCCGGCGGGGAGCGGCGGCAGGGCGAUCAAUCAGGUGUGGCAGGUCGGCGCGGCGGUGAAGGGCGGCGUUCCGGUGAAGCAUGAGUUCUCGCCGCAGAAUCUGAAUUCGAUGGGGUCUUUGCUGUUGACGGCGGCGGAGGCCGGUGGAUCUCCGGCGCCAACUCCCAGCAUUCCGACAGGGAAUGGCGGUGGGAGGAAUCACGGCGGCGGUGGCUUUUUUGCGGUGGUGCUUCUAGGGGUAUUUUUGGUAUUUUGAAAAAUUAAGUAUUUAAUUCAAAUUCACUAGUAUUGUUGUUGUUGUUACCACUGCCUUUAUUCUUUUUUUAUUGUUAACCGAAUUUUGUUGUUGAGAUGUCUCAUUAUAUAUCAGUGCAUGCAUGUGUAUUGGACACUAAAGAAAGGAGUAUAAAAUAUUUGCAAUCUUAAAUAUUAA